UCCUACUCCUCUCUUUCUCCAAGUGUCCGGAUCUGCGCAGAGUGGCGUCAGGGCUCCGACGACUCGGUCGUGCACUCUCGCGGCUCCUCGCACUCGCAGUGAGUGAGCGGACGGUUGGACGCGUGCGUUUGGUGUGCGAGCCCGACGGCGCGUCAUGCUGCGAGUACGGAGUUGUCCUGCGAGAUCCGUGUCGCCCUUCUCUAUUUUACGCGAGUCAUGGCACUGCUGCGCUCCUGCUGCUGCUGGCUGUCGGUGCGGAAAGGAAGCUUCGCCUGCGGAAUCUACACUCUUAUAUUCUACACAAUGCUGGUCGCUACAGGAGGAUCCCACGUCAGUUCCAUGUUCCACUCGCCGGUGGGCUUCUCACUGAUCCUUGUGCUCUUGAGUUUUUCCGGACUCUGCGUCGUAGUUUCAGUGGUGCUUCUCCUGGCCUUGGUUUUCGAUAACCGCCUCUUGCUGCUUCCUUGGUUAACAAUUGUGCCCCUGACAACAAUGUUGGACGUCGCAUUGUCGCUGUAUUUCAUCAAAGACCUUAGAGUCAACGCUUUUGUGAUCGUCAUGUACAUUGUGGACUACACAUUGUGUUCCAUCAACGUCUACUGCAUAUUGUGCGUCCUCUCCCAGUACCAAAUGUACGCGAUUGAAAGAAGAACCUUGGGCCAGGGAAGCCGCCCGUCGCCGAAGAACGCGGCACCAAGACGACAUCACAGUACCUCGGCAAUGGCUGCCGUUCCGCGCUACACUAGUGCCAGCAGCCACAGCAGCAGCCGCUGCACCUUCAGCCGAAUAGCGUCGUGGCCCAGCCGCCGGAUCUCGCGCAAGGCGGCUUUCCCGCAGAACGGAUCACGCGUCUCACCCUGCAGUUUUGUGGCCCUCACCGCCCCUGCGGCCACAGUGACCACCACCGCGACGGGCAAGACUACAGAGGACGCAAGCAACCCAGCACGGGAAAGCUCUCUGAGUCCGGAAAAUCCCGUGGAGUGCGUCUAUGGCGUCGACGACACGUCAAGCGCUCUGCACCUCUCCACGGCUGAGGCGUCGCUGCAGCAAUCCGCUGCAGAGGCCGAGGUGCCAGAGACAUUCUCUAUUUGAUUUGAACUAUCGAGUGACCUCCUCAACUUCGACGAGAAAGAAAGAAAAUAGAUAGAAGAAAUGUUUCCAAUGACGACGCCGGGCACAGUGUGUGAUUUCUGCCUCGACGCGUUCAACAUCCAAAAACACCUGCGUUGACGCACGGAUCACCAAAGAAGAUUGACUCUUCUUUGCAGGAUACGCGAGUUCGCGUGCGUGUGUUUGUGUGCCUGCUCCACUUAUGAAGAGACAAAGUGACUUCAUAUUUGACAGUGCUAAGCUUCUUUCCCUCCUGGUUACAAAUAUCUCGCACCUCGUCGAAGCCUUUCGAGAAACAGUAUUUUCAGAUAAAAAACCACGCGUCUCGUGUAUGAGUGUACCUCGUAGUUGGCAUACUUAUAUCAAGGUUAUCAGUGUCCAGUAACAAGUGCCUGUAGAAGACAACUGCUCUAGCUGAGUGGUGCACUUCUGGUGGCCAGUGGCAGUGCCGUAAGAAGACAUGGUUGUGCUUUUGAUGGGCGUAUUCACUAUCGACCGCGUGACCGUGACCUAUAUUGUAUUUCCGACAUGUGCGCGUUUGCAUUUUGAUGCUGCAGGCACGUUUAGCUUUACGAGUACACCCAUCACUUGUGUAGCGAGUGCAAACACUUAGAGUUUUCCUCUUCGUAGUGCGGUGUCACUGAGUGUGCUUUACGCAUCUUUAUUCUCUGCCGACAUACGUGUCCCCGCAAAUAUCCCCUACUCGGUUGUGACGUUGGAACUGCACAGCACUUCAUUGCUUCUCAAGCCAUCACAUAACAACUACAUAAUAAUAAUUGGGGUUUUACGUCCAAAAACGACAAUAUGAUUAUGAGAGACAACGUAGUAGAAGGCUCCGAAACAUGUUGGCCAUCUGGUGUUCUUUAACGUGCACCUAAAUCUAAGUACGCAGGCCUCUAGCCUUAUCGAUCGCCUCCCUCGAAGUAGCGCCUGCCGCAGCCGGGAUUGAUCCCGCGACCUUCGGUUCAGCAGUCAAGCCCCAUAACCACUAGACCACCCCGGCGGGUCGACAUCACAUGUACACGAUCAGCGCCAACCGUAAACCUUCGCGUCGGCACACUUAUAAUAAAAUAUUUUUCGCAUACCUAUGGCUUAAUGAGUGUCAGUUGACAGUAUAACAUCACUGUAACCGCGUUAUACGUCAGAAAGAUGGUUCAGUAGGCUGUGAAUAAUGCUAUCUUUUGUUAGGUAUUCAUACGCGCUAAGGCUACAACAUAUAAUGGCAGGUGCUCUCCUAAGGUCAUGUUGAAGAACGAGUUCUAAAGCGUCCACCGCUUGCCCUCAGUAAAUGUG